AUCCCAAAAAAAAAUUGUCUUAGGGCUUGGGCUGGACAAGGGCCGGUUGAAAAAACGACCCGACCCACUCAGCUCAGUGCUCUGUGUUCUCGGCGGUGUCGUCCUCACGCGAGGGCAGAGCUAAAUGGAACUCAAAGACGCCGAUGAUCAUACCAUUACGACGUCGUCGUCGUCGUCGCCAUCAUCUUGUUCAUCUUCAUCGGCCGAUCAGCAGAUGACCACUACAUCUCACCAUCACUUCGGCAAUCCAAGCGAAAACUCAGAAGCCUUCUCCAUCAGCAUCAUUGAGAGCAUGAAAGAAGAAUAUGGAUUGUUUGUGUGGCCGUGUAGUGUUGUUCUGGCCGAGUAUGUUUGGCAACAAAGGUCCCGCUUUUCCGGUGUUAGCGUGAUUGAGGUGUGUGUAAUCUCUACUUCAAAAUUCCAUAUUUUACAGCUUGGAGCUGGAACUUCUUUGCCUGGGUUGGUUGCCGCGAAAGUGGGUUCGGACGUCACACUAACCGAUGACUCAAACAGACCAGAGGUGCUGGCUAACAUGAAAAGCGUGUCUGAUUUAAACAAUCUCAAUUGUAAAGUAAUGGGACUGACAUGGGGCAUGUGGGAUGCAACUAUCUUCAGUAUACAUCAAAAUGUUAUCCUUGGGGCUGAUGUGUUAUAUGAUACGAGUGGCUUUGAUGAUCUCUUUGCCACUGUGACAUUUCUACUCCAAAAUUCUCCAGGAUCUGUUUUCAUAACAACGUAUCACAAUAGAAGCGGGCAUCAUCUAAUUGAGUUCUUGAUGGUGAAGUGGGGGUUGAAGUGCACGAAACUUCUUGACGGCUUUUCAUUUAUGCCAUCAUACAAGGCAUCUGGGCUAAGUGGCAAUAUUCAAUUGGCAGAAAUUGUUUUGAAUAGUGAAGAGCGGGCAUCAUCUAAUUGAGUUCUUGAUGGCGAAGUGGGGGUUGAAGUGCACGAAACUUCUUGACGGCUUUUCAUUUAUGCCAUCAUACAAGGCAUCUGGGCUAAGUGGCAAUAUUCAAUUGGCAGAAAUUGUUUUGAAUAGUGAAGAGGUGAGAUAACAUAAGCCAAAAAUUAGCAGUAAGAAGCUGAAUGGUGACACAGCCUCUCUGAUUUUUAACCUUGUUCCAUAGCCAUAUGUCAAUUAGUUCAAUUCACCUCAGGGGCUUUUUAUUUGUGGAUUGCUGCUCCUUUCAUUUAUUGAGGUUUCCUGUUUCUUAGAAGCCAAUUUCUGCAUGUGAAAUUUUAGAUCUUGUGACUUGUUUAUACCAAAUUAUUUCACGACAGACAUACUGUUUGUAUAUUUUAUGCCUUGACAGGACUUUUUAGUUACAGGAGGGUAGUUUGGGAUACUUUCUUGCAUCCGAGACAGUACAUCACUAGAAUGAAUGUUACAAUUUUCAAGGUUUUGAGCUUGAACUAAUGAAUUUUCCUAAUGAGAUGGGAUAUUAUUUGAUCA